CUCAGCAGGAUCUGAUCCAACUACAAUAUACCCAAACACUACUCAUGGCAAACGUGAAUCUGAUAUAAGAGUAAGCUCUUUUACCGAGGAUGCUCUGACGACAAUCUCUGCAUUUGCUAUUACAACAGAAGCAGUAUCUUCAUCUGAUACUGAAGCACCAAAUGAGUCUGAAACAAUUAAAUCACAAACUAAAUCCACAACAGAGGGUCGUUUUACAACAGAAGCAGUAUCUCCUUACACUGAGUCUAAUAUUAAUGAGGCUGAUGUUACAAUACAGGCGAUAUCUCCGACUGAUACUGUAGCACGAACUGAGUCUGAUAUUACUAAGGCUGAUGUUACAACAGAGGCGGUAUCUCCAACUGAUACUGUAGCACCAACUGAGUCUGAUAUUACUAAGGCUGAUGUUACAACAGAGGCGGUAUCUCCAACUGAUACUGUAGCACCAACUGAGUCUGAUAUUACUAAG